AUGUGCCUGGUGGUGGCCCUGUGUCUGUGCGUGGUGCUGGGUGCGGGGGGCUGCCGUGCCUACGGCUUCCGCAACUGCAUCCAGGACAUGUUGGACCCGGGCUACUUCAAGUGCAUGCAGCGCUUCCUGGCGGAGGUCUCCUCGGCCACGGCGGACCUGCCGGCCAACGCCACCGCCCUCAACGCCUCCCUCAAUGCCAUCCACCACCUGCCGCCCGGGACCUUCGCCCGCCUGCCGGCCCUCAGGGAGCUCUCCCUGACCCACAACGGCCUGCGGGACGUGGCCGAAGGCGCCUUCGAGGGGCUGCCCGCCCUGCGCAGCCUCAACCUCUCCUGCAACGCCCUCCAAGGUCUCUCCGCCGGGGCCUUCCACGGCCUCCACAACCUCAGCCUCCUCCUCUUGCACAACAACCACUUGCACACCCUCCACCCGGAUACCUUUGCUCCGCUGCAGAAACUUCUGGAACUGGAGCUGCAAUUUAACAACUUGGGGAGCUUUGAGGAUGUUGCCGAAAGCUUUUGGAUGCUGCCGAGGCUGGAGCGCCUGAACCUCUGCAAUAAUAACCUGAUCUCGCUUCGGUCAAAACGGAGCCUCCCAGCUUCCUUGACGGUGCUCUCUAUUUGCAACAAUUCCUUAUACGGAGUGGAUGGUUCUGGGCAACGCUUCCUGCAGAACAUCAAAUGGCUGGACCUCUCUUACAACAAAAUCUCAGAUGUUUCUACAUUCGCCAAAGUUGUGCUCCGGAAUCUCACCAGCUUGCAGCUGGCGGGGAACAACGUCAGUGUUUUCCAGGUCCUCAAUGUUUCUGACAUACAGACACACAGCUUCGACUAUUCCGGCUUGCACCUGAACAGAUAUUCGCAGCUCGUUGACUUGUGCCACCUCCUUGGGAAGUCCAUGCGCCCCAUGUACAGCCUUCGCCUCCAGAGCAACCACAUCAGGAAUGUGAGCCGCAACGCCUUCUCCGCCUGCCCUCCCAUCCUGCUGUUGGACCUUUCCCGGAACCGGCUCAAGUCGGUGAACUGCGUGCGCGAGAUGCUGAAUGCGAGCGCUCAGAGCCAGUUGAAGUCCCUGGUCGUGGAGCACAACCUGCUGAACAGACUGCGCUCCUGCUCCCAAGGCGACAACCUGAAGGAGCUGCGGUUCAUCUCGUUCCGUUUCAACCGCAUCCUCUCUGUCGGAGGCUGGGCGUUCCGCUACGCCCCCAACUUGGACCGGCUGCACCUCAACAUCAACAACGUGGCCUACCUCGACCGGCGGGCCUUGUGGGGCCUGCGGGCGCUGACCGAGCUGCGCCUGGACAACAACCUCCUGACUGACAUCUACAAGGACACCUUCCGUGACCUGGGUAAUCUCCAGACGCUCAACAUGCGCAACAAUCACGUCUCGGUGCUCUUUCCCGGCGUCCUCGCCAACCUCGGGAAGCUCCGCAUCUUGGACCUGGGAGGGAACAACAUCCGCCAGCUGACCAAUGCUUCCUUUGAAGGGCUGCGGAACCUCUCCAACCUCUACCUGGACAGCAACCACAUUGAGAGGAUCAGCCAUGACUUGUUCUCCCCGGUGCAAGACACGCUCCAAGUGCUGGACUUGAAGGGCAACAAGAUCUACUACAUUAGCAUGAAGCCAGAUGGGCCGCCUCCAUUUGUGAACCUGCACAAGGUCUACGACCUCAAGCUCCAGGCCCAGCAGCCCUACGGCUUGACGAUCAUCCAGCCCAGGUUCUUCCAGGGCCUGACUUCCUUGCGUGACCUCUACCUCUCAGAGAACAAGCUCCUAUAUGUUGCACCAAAUGCCUUUGAUGACCUCAGGCGGCUGCGCUACCUGAUGAUGGCGGACAGCAGCAACGGCAUGGGCGACCUCCCGCCCGGCAUCUUCAAGAACCUCCACGAGCUGGUCUGGCUCGACCUGGAGAACGCCGGCAUCCGCACGCUGACUCUGGAUGUCUUCGGCAACCUGACCAAGCUGCGCAACCUCGUGCUGGUGAAGAACGAGCUUCGGACCGUCAACAGCAGCGUGAUGGAGCGGCUGGCCAGGCUGCGGUACCUCGACCUGCGCAAGUGCCCCUUGUCCUGCACCUGUGACAACGUCUGGUUCCAGGGGUGGCUCAACAACAGCCAGGUCCAGGUAGUGUACAUGUACAACUAUUCCUGCCACUCAGGCGAGCGCAGCUUUGUCUACAGCUUUGACACCCACGUGUGCUACGAGGACGUGGGCCUCUAUCUCUUCGCCUGCACCUUCCCGGCCCUCCUGUUCCAGAUGCUGCUUCCAAUCUUCUACCACCGGACCUACUGGCAGCUCAAGUACCGCUUCUACGUUGUGCGAGCGUGGCUGAGCGACCGCUGGCGGCGCGGGAAGGCAGAGACAUGCCGCUUUGAUGCCUUCGUCUCCUACAACUCCUGCGACGAGCGCUGGGUGCUGGAGCAGCUGGUGCCCAAUCUGGAGGCCGGCGGGAACCCCGCCUUCCGGCUCUGUCUCCACCACCGGGACUUCCAGCCGGGGAAGUACAUCAUCGACAACAUCGUGGAGAGCAUCCACAACAGCCGGCACACCAUCUGCGUCAUCAGCCGGAGCUACCUGCGGAGCGAGUGGUGCUCCAUGGAGAUCCAGCUGGCCAGCUACCGGCUCUUCGACGAGCUCAAGGACGUCCUGGUGCCCGUCUUCCUGGAGGAGAUCCCCGAGAGGGAGCUCUCCGCUUACUACCGCAUGCGGAAGGUGAUGCUCAAGAAGACCUACGUCACCUGGCCCCUGGAGACCCAGGCCCAGAAGCUGUUCUGGGCUAAGCUGAGGAUGGCACUGGCGGCGGGGACAACGGAUGAGGUGGAAGGGGAAGAAGGGAUGGCAGCAUACUGCUUGGAGAAGAACAACAAGCCCAUUCUGGAAUCUGUCAACAAUAUGGCAUCAUAGCAGGGAGGUCAUCGACACUGGGACCCACCAUAUCACACACUUAGUCUGUUUGCACUACCACUAUCACAUCGUUAUUAUCCCACUCUGGGGUGUUUUGUGGUUUUCUGGGUUGUG